AUGACCGGAGAAUUAGAGCUAGAAGCGAGGGGUUUAGAAAACCCUAGCGAUUCAGAUCAUCUGCUUCCUCGUCACCAACGCGUUGAUUCUGAAUCACCGUCGUCGUCGUCGCCACCGCCGUCCGCUGCAAGUUCUGUUGAUGUAAAAUAUGAAGAUGUUGAAGAAGGUUCGAUAGCUAACUGUCGUAUUUGCCUUGAGUGUAACAGAGAGGAAGAUUCAACGGUUGAUUUGUUUUUCUUAUGUGGUGUUCCAUUUCGUGAGCAGCAAUCACUCCAUUGCAGUGAUGCUGUGUGGUUGUACAAAGGAAACAAACAAAAAAAUUGGUCGUUAGCAGAUAUUAUGGAUGGUGAUCUAACUUAUGGUGAUAGCGGGACUACAUCAACAUUAAAAAGGCACCUGCUUAUAUGCAAGCCACAUAAAGAUUAUGAAGAAAAGCAGAAUUUAUUGAAUUUUCCACAUAUUAGGUCUGAUGGGGAUGCAGGACAUGAGAAGCUUCCUUCAUUGAUCAGGCCUGAUGCAAAGUAUGACAAUAACAAAAUGAGAGAAGCAAUAGCUACUUGGGUGUUGGGUACUGAGCAACCUUUUUCUGUUAUGGAGGAUGAUUUAUUCGUGCAUAUGAUGAAGACGACUACUCCAUUAUUUGAGAAAACAAGCAGGACUUCAACCAAAUCAGAUUGUUCUAAGAUAUACGAGCAUGAGAAAAAAACACUAAAAGCUCUUAUAAAAGCAGCCUCAAAAAUCAGUUUGACCACUGAUUGUUGGAAGUCAUCUCAUCAGAAGAUUGAGUACAUGGUUAUCACAGGGCACUUUAUUGACCAUAAUUGGAGAUUGCAAAAACGUGUCUUCAGUUUUGUACAUGUUCCUCCUCCUCGUACUGGACUUGAUAUUGCUAAUGAUGGUCUUGCUAUGAUUAAUUCUGUUAUCGGGGAAGUUCGUGAGGGUAUAAAAUAUAUUAACAAUUCUGAGGUGAGACUUCAAACAUUUUCAAAUAUUGCACAUCAACUGCAAAUACAAGAUAGAAAGUUAUUGCUUGAUGUUCCAACACGAUGGAAUUCAACCUAUGAUAUGUUGUCGGUUGCAUUAAAAUUUAAAGAUGUUUUCUCAAGGUUUUCAAGGUAUGCACAAAUGUCAUUUCUCGAAAGUGAUUAUCCAACAUCCAAUCUGUAUUUGAUUGAGGUGUUUAGAGUAAAAGAAACUUUGGAUAAAGGUGCUCUAUCAAAAAAUGAUUCCAUUAGGACUAUGAUUAGACAUCGUUAUGGAAUCAAGAAAAAAUUGAAGAAGGAGGAAAUGCCCAUUGAGGUUUUAUUACCUACAGGGACAAAUUUUGCUGGAUUGAAUUUGCUUCAAGGAAGAUUGGCUUUUGAAUUUUGAUAAUAUGUUAUGUUAAAAUUUAAUUGUUUUAUAGUAUUUUUGUAAUUUGAACUUCCAUGAUAGGAAGACUUUCUUUUGGAUGAUUUAAUUACAUUUUAGGUUUGUUUGUUGGAGUUUAAAACUUAUGUAAUUUGAAGAUUGUAUUUAUACAUCUUGGUUGGAAUUUAAGUAGUC